GUUUCUUCCGCACCUCGUUUCCAUCUGUAGAGCAUAGAGUCUUCUGGGUCUCUGUUUUUGCAUGCCUUGAUUCUUUCGUCUCUCUCAAAUCCCCUCCUCCUUGCGUCCCCACCACCAGAGCGAGAACGAUCCCCCUUAUGCCUGCAACCCCUCCACAUUUAUGUCUCAGCAUCACCAACCCUUUGAUCCUCUAUCGCACUCUGGUCGCAACCAAGAAGAUCAAGCCGGAUCCGGCGCAGCAUCGCCUUGCGCUCCAGCUUCAGAAGCUGUAUUUCCGCCUGAAGGACUACGCUCCGGAAAUCGAGUACCGGUAUCGGCUGGAGAAGAUUGGGCGGCGUGUGCCGACGGGGAGGAGCUCGACGGUAUCACCCACUGAGACACAGCACCGGGGACGAGAUGGCGCCCAGCAGAGGAGACGAACGUCCGAGAAGGAUGGCGACCGCGACCGCGACGACGAUGAGGACGGUAAUGAAGGCGGAACCCGCUGGGCGAAGGGGAGGAUAUUCUCUUCCCUCUUGUCGCUCAGGUCACUCCCUUCCACCACGCUGGCGUUGACCCCGACCACCCCGCUUCACCACUCGGCACUAUCCAUAGAUUCCCCAAUGGGCAUGCUCCUGUACGGCGAGGUCGGCCGGGGCAAAUCCAUGCUCCUCGAUCUGCUCUACGAGGCCCUCCCAUCGAGGAAGAAGCGCCGCUGGCACUUCAACACGUUCAUGCUCGACAUGUUCCGGCGCAUUGAACUGGCGCGGAUCGAGCGACUCGAGGCCCUCCGACCCUCUUCGACAUCGUCGACAACGACGAAAGGCCUCUUCGGGCCCGCCGCCGUCUCGGACCACGAACACGUCAUCCUCAGCCUGGCCAAGGACACGGUCAGCGACUCGCCGAUCCUGUUCCUGGACGAGUUCCAGAUGCCGGACCGCGCGGCCUCGAAGCUGAUCAACGGCUUCUUCACCGCCUUCUUCCACCUCGGCGGCGUCCUGGUCGCCAGCUCGAACCGCAUGCCCGAGGAGCUGAGCAAGGCCGCGGGCAUCGAGUUUGGAGACCUGCGCGGGACCAAUGCCUCUGCGGGUGGUGUAGCCGGAGGAUUCUUCGGGCUGGGAUGGGGUAUGAGUCGAGAGAGCGCAGGGGAGAGGGCCGCUAAGACGGAUUUUGGCCUGUUCCUGGAGGUGCUGCGGGCGAGGUGUGAGGUCUGGGAGAUGGAGGGAGAGAAGGACUAUAGGAGGGAAGGGGAUGAUGAUGAUCUAGCCGUGGGCGAGGCUGCUCUGGGCUCGGAAGUUCAUGAGGACGGAGGCGAGGUCGUGGUCGAAGACGCAAGCAACGCAAAUCCUUCCGUCGCCGCCAGCGAGAGCACCUCUAUUUCAAGCGUCAACGCCCUGACAGAGCCCACGACCUUGUCGUCCGACACACCGCCACACUAUCACAUCGAUCUGCCUUCCACCUCGCCGUCUGAGGCAUCCUUCGAAAAGGACCUCCACCUCCUCAACCCUUCUUCAGCGUGGAACCCCAUCACACUCACCGUCUACGGUCGUCGCCUCGAGCUGCCCUGCACUCGCGAUGGAGUCCUCAAAUCCACCUUCCCGGCCCUCUGUGCCACGUACCUGGGUCCGGCCGACUACGUCUCUCUCUGCUCCGCGUUCCACACGAUCAUCCUCACCGACGUCCCCGUGCUGACGCUAGCGCAAAAGAACGAAGCGCGCCGAUUCAUCACGCUGCUCGACGCGCUGUACGAAGCCAGAUGCCGGCUGUUGAUCCAGGCGGCCGCCCCGCCGGACAAGCUGUUCUUCCCGGAGACCAGGAUCAGAAGAGCAGGGAGGGCGACGGCCGCCGCGACUCACGGCGAAGAAGGGUUCGACAGCAGCGAGUCCAUCACGUCCGAGUCCUUCUCCGAGAUGUACCAGGACUCGACGGCGCCCUUCCGGCCCAACAUCUCGUCGUACACCGCGGCCAACACGCACGCUGCCACGCCGUUUUUUCCGCCCCCGUCGUUCACGCCGUCCCUGCACAACCCCAGCGCCCGGACGGUCCUCGCGGACGAGGACGCCGACUUCGGUCCCACGUACGGCAACGGGAGGGGCCACGGGGUGUCGGACUCGGGCCCCUCGCGCUGGGACGUGGGGCCUCCGGGGCCGGACUUCACCAGCACCUCUGCGCUGACCGGCGAGGACGAGCGGUUCGCGUACAAGCGCGCGAGGAGCCGGCUGUGGGAGAUGUGCGGGCGCAGAUGGUGGGAGGAGCGGCUGCCCGUCACUCGGCGGGCGGAUGGUCAUGACCAUGACGACAACGGCAGAAAUGACAAAAUCUCCAUUGAUGCUGGAGGAGACGAGGACGCAGCGCCUGCGUGGUGGCGCCCCGUCCACCGAGCCGGCCGUUUCUGGGAACCCACCGUCGCCGCCGCUGCCGGCAGGUCGUCAAAUGAGACGGCCUCUGCACAGCGAUCGGCGGGAACAACAACUACAACAACAACAUCCUCCAAAAACCCCAACAGAGACCACUCCUCUACGCCGCCGUUCCGAAACCCGCCUGCGUCCUCGGCAGCGAGCACAUCCGUCGACACAACCCAAGCGGGCCCUGUCGUCCGCACCGACCCCAAGUGCGACGCGAUGUUCAGACACGACGCUUCGCCGUACCGCAGGCACGCGGACCCGCCGCCCAAGUUCGGAUGGCAGCAUGCUUGGGGCAUGGUGCGGUGGGGGAAGAAAGCCGGGGAAUGGGGCAAGGGCGUCGAGGGGAAGAGGGCGCGAAAGCACGGUGACGAUGAAGCCCCUGCUGCUGCUGCCCCUGCUGGGUCUCGUCAGAAAUGAGACGGAAUGAAUUUUUGGAAGAGGCGCAAAAGGUCGGUCGCCCAGCCAGCCAGCCAGCUAGCCGGACAAGUAAAGCAGGGCAAGGUAGAGCGUGGCAGCGGCUCAUAAGUGGAAAUCUACACGAUAAGCCAGCCGUCUGCCAAAGAUGCGCGAAAGUUUUGACUCUAUGUCUGUCUGUGAAAGGAAGACAAAUGUAGGAACGAAAGGG